AAUUGCCAUAAAAGUAGCGAAAGUCCUAGAUCAUGAGGCGGCCCGUCAGGUUACCCAUAUUUGACCAUAAUAUAAGUCCUACGACAAAUAGUCCACGUAAUUGCAUUCUAAUAAUGCAGUAAUAAUACUUAAAAUAAAAAAAAUAUUGCAAUAAUAAUAUUAAUAAUUAAUAGAAAUAAUAAUAAAGCAAUAAUUCAACCAAGACCCCAUCUCCCCACACGCUAUAAAUAAACUUGUACAACAUCUCAAUUUUGCACACAAAUUAAUCAUAUUCCUUAUUCACCAUGACAUCCUCCAUCCAACACCACCUCAUACUAUUUUCUCUCCUGCUCCCCCUCAUUGCCACAGCUUUUGCCGCCACCUCCGUCCAACCCAAAGCCCUUCUCCUCCCUGUCUCUAAAGAUGCCUCCACCCUAUAUUACAUAGUCAAAAUCACCCAAAGAACACCUUCCAAAUCCAUACCCUUAACACUCGCCCUUGGAUCUCCAUUCUUAUGGCAGGAUUGCGACAAAGGCUAUGUCUCCUCAACUUACCGUCCUAUUCGUUGUAACUCUGCCCAAUGUACUUUAGCCGGCUCUACAUCCUGCGGUACUUGCAACUCACCUCCCAGGCCAGGGUGCAACAACAACACCUGUGGCCUCUUCCCUGAAAACCCCUUCACCAAUACCGCCACCAGUGGUGAGCUUGCCUCAGAUAUUAUCCGAAUCAACUCCACCGACGGUUUAAACCUCGGUCCAGUCAUAUCCGUUCCCAACUUCCUCUUCAAUUGUGCACCCACCUUCUUACUAAAAGGCCUAGCAAAGGGUGUCCAAGGAAUUGCCGGGUUCGGAAGGACUAAAAUCUCUGUGCCUUCUCAAUUUACCUCCACUUUCAGUUUGUCAAAAAAGUUUGCCCUUUGCUUAACCUCCGAUGUCACAAGUGUAGGCGUCAUAUUCUUCGGUGACGGCCCUUACAAACUCUACCCUGGACCUGUCUACGUCUCAUCCUCAUUUUCUUACACCCCUAUUUUAAAAAACCCAACCACCUCAUCCGAUUACUAUAUCGGAGUCACGUCCAUCAAAAUCGGUGGCAGCCAAGUUCCAAUCAACAAAGCCUUAUUAUCCAUAAACAACAAAGGCAAGGGCGGAACUAAGUUCAGUACAGUUAACCCUUACACAAUCAUGGAAAGCUCUAUAUACAUCUCAUUGAUUUCCAACUUUGACAGUCAACUCAAAAUACUAUAUCAACAAAGAGGUUAUCCGAAUGCUACACGGAUCAAAGCUGUUGCCCCGUUCGAACUCUGCUACGAUAGUAGCACGAUUAGUUCAACAAGAGUAGGAGUCGAGGUUCCGAAUAUUGAGCUAGUGUUACAGAACGAGAAAGUGGCGUGGACGAUCUUUGCUUCGAAUUCGAUGGUUGGUGGGUUGAAGGCGAACCCGAAUGCGUUGUGUCUCGCCAUUGUGGAUGGUGGGAAGAACCCACCGGCAUCGAUUGUGCUGGGAGGGUAUCAGUUGGAGGAUAACUUGGUGCAGUUUGAUCUAGCCAAGUCUAUGGUUGGGUUUAGGUAUUUAGUGAAUGAUAUGACUAGAUGUACAAAUUUCAACUUCACUUCUGCAUGAAUGGGAGUAAUUAGGCCAAUAAAGAUGUUAUAAUAUUUCUUCUGUUGCUUGAGGUAAAUUAAGUUGAUAUGAUGUUAUAGUGUAUUUCCUCAGCAAAUGAAUAUGAUCUUGUAACUUGUUACACGUACUGUUAAUGUAAUAAUAAAUAAAAAUACACUCUGUAUAUUUAGGAUAGUCAUCUCUUUAAUCAAGCUCA